AUGGCAAAUUCUUCAUGGUUCUUGAAAAACGGGUAUCGUAAUGGUUCUUCGUCGCCAUGUUCAAGUUUUACUUUGACAAGAAACAACCUGUACCUUCAAUCUACACCACACAUUCCGGAAGUUCACAUUCCUGAGAAACCCGUAUUGGAGUUCGCCUCUGCUCUUAGGAAUGAGAUGAAUCGCGCCUGUGCAGUUCUGAGGGAAAUUGCAUCUGGAAGAGAUCUGAAGAUGUUCCUUUUGGUCAUUGGUGGCUUGUGGAUCGCGUCAAUCUUGGGCGGUUGCUGUGAUUUCUUGACCCUGUUCUACAUAAUUGUUGUGGUGCUUCACACUGUACCUGUUCUCUAUGAGAAAUAUGAGGAUCAAGUGGAUUCAUUUGCUGAGAAAGCCUUGCAUGAACUCAAGAAACAGUAUGCCGUCUUUGAUGCAAAGGCAUUGAGUAAAAUUCCUCGAGGACCAUUGAGAGAUAAGAAGAAAGCUUAGACAUU